CGCUAAGAGGAGUUCUUCCACCAGUCACGCUGUCGCUGGUGCCGCAUCCUUUCCCUCACGUGUGAACGUUGCAGGUAUUAGGGGACAACUUUUUUAAUUAUCAUAAUGUGGCUCCACCCGUAUUAUCAUAAUGUGGUUCAGCAAGUCCAAGUUCAAGAUCAUCAAAGCAUCUCAUGUAUCAAUUCCUGAUCUUGGGUUCUUGAGUAGGGAAUGCACUCAAGAAGAAUUGCUUUGGUGGAUUUAAGUCGGAAUCUUCAUGUUCUUGAGACUCUUUGCUUAACUAUUUACAAAAUUCCAACCUGAAGUGCAAGUGGAUGAUUCAUUCACCAAACAAUCUGAUAGACCCCAUGAACGUCGUACCACAACUUCUAUUCUCUUAUCUUAUCAUCCACCAGGUAAUUCUGCUGUUGUUCGCAAACUUUUUCUAGGCGGAUCAUCAUCAUCGUCUCGAAGUCGAAACGGUGGAGCUAAAGCAGCAGCUAAAGAGUCAAGAAAUUCCGAUCAAAAUCUUCCGGUAGAUGCGCGUCGCACAGACCAAGGAGGACCUCCGGAAGUACCUGAAGCACCUGAAGGGCAAGGUGUACAACCUCGAAGCACUAGUACCGGAGCUUCUGGGAGUGAGGGUGAUAAAAAAGACGCGCAGUCUUCUAAAGAACAGGGCCAUGGAGAAAGGGACGAGAAACGCAGCACAAGCAGAGAAGACGAUCACGGACAGGCUGGAGAAAAAGAAAAUGUGAAGAAUAAAACUGUAGUUAAGGUCAGCUCUUAUCCAUCUUUCAGUUUCACUUUCUCAGCAUCUCGAGGACCCGCCCUUUCCCACGAAAUAUUUCGUGGGAACAAGAAAGGGGUCCACCUCGAGAUGAGGGCGGGGCCGCGAUGGAUAUAACAAGCUGCCUCUAAAAAUGUAGUCGUUGUUUCGCCUCCUAUGAAGAACGCUUUUGACCUACAUCGGAAAACGCAAGAGCAUGUUUCCAUUUCUCGCGCCAAAUUUCAGGAUAUUUUGAAGACAUCUACUUCUGGAGCUUGUGGAGUUGGAGAGGGAAGAAAAAAUAAGACUCGUGCUACUGCUAGAAGUUCUUCUAGCUCAUCGUCUAGUAGAAAAACCACAACAAAUGCGACCUCCAAGCCCAAGGUCAAGAAAGACAGGAGGACUGUUUUACCACGCCUAGACGAGGACCAUCCCCAACAGGACGAACACUCGUCGAUGUCUUCACCGAGGACUACAACUACGAGACACCGUACUAAAUCAACUUCAGCCAAAGGAGUUGUUUCAUCUCCAUCGACGACAAGAUUGACAGCUGUAGUUGUAGGUCGUGAAGAUGUAGCGUCUUCAUAUACAACAGCGCCAAGGUGGAAUAUUAGGAUGAAACCUCCUACAUCAACAAGAACUAAGAAAGAUAUAAGUAGAGCACCAGCAGGAGCAGGACCUCGUGUAACAAGAUCUUCUAGAGGACCCACUCAGCAGCAGCACUCAUCUUCAACAGGUCUUCUUUUUGGUCGCAAUCUUUCACCAAAGUCGUAUCUUUCACCAAAGUCUUCUACUACGUGGUCAGCUCCUCCAUCGCCAAGCGUAACGCACCAGAUGGUUUUUGAAGGUCGUAGACUAGCUAGAGACUUAUCGCCUGCAUCCAAGGACCAGCAUCAUAAUUUGACUUCAACCUCCAGUGGAAGUGGGUUUCUCCAACAGGGAAGCAGACAGCCGAAGAAUAUGACAAUCUUCUCUUGUUCUCCACAAAAACCGGAUACCGGGACCUGGAAGAUGAGUUGUCCUAAAAAUAAUGUUGCGAGUUGUAGAAGUAGGCUUCUUCAACAGCAGUCUGACUCGGAAGUGUCACCUCCAGAGCAAGAACGUGCAGCUCUAGUUGGCGCAUCUUCUUCGACUACACUACUUGCGGGUGCUCCUGCUGUACUAGUAGGAACAUCAGCGUCCCCAGGUAAUCCCGAAGCAGUAGACGAAAAUACUGGUCGUGGACGAGGUGCUCCUGCAAGUAGAAAUGGCGUCGAGUCAAUCGGUGGCGCUGGACCUCCACAUCAACAAGAUGUUGGCGGAACUGAGUCAUCUCAACAAAGUCAUACUCAACGAUCAUUAGUCUGCAGCACAAAGCAGCGUCGUGGUCGUACCCUGCUUGAGGUGCAAGGGGAGGACAGUUGGUACGACCGCGCGAUCUCAAAGCCUGUUAGACCAAGGCGUAGCAAGGAGGAAGCGACUGCAUUUUUCGAAGCUCUGGUGGCAAGAGGACAAGAAACCGAGAAAAAAGUCAACAAAAAACGAGAAGAAAUGACGAUGGCUAUGGCAAUGCAGAGACGAGAGAGAAGCCCGCCAUCGCCAAGUCCUGGUGCCUUGGGGUCGAGGUCAGAUAUCAAAUGCAAAAACAUAAACAACGCAGCCGAGCACACGACAAAGGGCCAAGAAGCUGCUUCAUCUACUAAGAUCAAAAAGGGAAGUGGUGCGACCGAAACAAGAACGCCGGGAAAGACCGUGAAGAAGAAUGAUACUUGUUCUCAUACUGCUUCCGAAGAACCAUCACAGAACUCUAACGGGCCAUCAACACGACCACGAGUGGAAAAUGUGGAGACAGGAGGUGCAGUCCCAGUCGGAAACACUGAAGAUGUGCCAGAGUUGCAUCAAGGAGGUUUAGGAUCGAGGGACGCCACUAGGAGUAGAAGUAGCGAGGAAAGCGUCGUCAUUUUGCAUUGCAAAGAAAAAGCAGUUAUAGAGGACCUUGUUCAACAGCAUGGAGGUAAAAAUUAUGUAGAUGAAGAAGUUCUUGUUGAAGAAAGGACAUCAUCUGCAGAUGAAGAUUUAUUUGUUGAUGAGUCUUCACAUGACAUAAAGAGCUACAGGAGUAGUACUAGUCCUCGUGAACAACUAGUUGUAGAUCAGGAGCGGCAGCAACAAGGACAAGCACAAUUUCCCUCAACCUCCUCAACUGCUGGUACAAAAAACACAAUGUUGGAGACCACAGCCGGUGCUAGUACGAGACCCCGACCGAAGAGAACGCGGACCUCCGCAUCUAGUUUUGCGUCCUCUUCUAGUUAUUCUUCGUCUUCCUCAUCAAAGCACAGAAAAAAGAAAAUCGUGGAGGUGAAGAACGGCAACAAGAACUACAAGGAUACAGUUCCUACUCGCCCGUUCAAUGACCAAGACGAUGAGCUGGCUAAUGCCGUGAGUGCUAUAGAAUCUUCUGAUCAUCGUCCAUCAUCGAGUACUCCAAGAGGACAAAGUCGUAAUGACUUUGCACCGGAGGAACAAGCUGUACUCGACUCGAUAGAUGAGGCUUUUCGAGUAAUGGCUGAAAGAAGUAAAGGAUUAGCGGCUGACCAUGGCGGGGUAUCUACUAGCUCGUCUGCGAGUGCAAUGCAUGAAGUGAAGAAGAGAACAAGUACUACAGACUUGGAAGCUGAAUACAUUCGACGCAGUAGUGUGCUUUCGAGAUGAUUGGAAAUGGUCGCGCCGAUGCCAAUAUCCGUAAAAUGUACAUGAAGAUGCACAUGCAAAAAAUUGUUCAUAGAAGUGCGAUUUUGGUUCUUCACAAGUAGGCUGUAGUUUAGAAAUGACUAAAGGGUUUUAAAGCAACCUUAUCAUGAUAGUCAUAUCGUUAUAGUCGUCCGAAAUUUAAAUAGAGAAGUAUAGCUUCAUUUUCUUCGCCAUAUCACGCUUAUGCUAUAGCGACAGUGAUCAAAAAAAAAUUAGAAGUGAAAGAAGUGAAACAAAGUAGGAAGUGCUUCUUCUAGUAUAUAUAAGUAUACGUGACUAAAUUGUAUCAAGAUGACCAGGAGAAGAGCGAUUGUUAUUAAUGUACAGGCAACAUGCAUAGAAGGGCUAAAAUGUGCUUUUCUGCUCCACCCAAGUGAUGUGCUUGCAUACUUACUUUUUUUGCACCCUUUCUAUUUGCGUGUCCUCACCAUGCUAUAUCUUGUUGAUACUCGAUGCAACAGAGUAAGUAAAAGAACUAAAAGAAUCUUCAUGUAGUUGCUAAAAAAAAUGUCAACAUGAUCAAUGAACGACCCCUCUAGCAUUUUCAUCAAUCUUCAAAAAUUUUAAUUUCGUCAGUGCAAAUAUGAUCUAGCAGAUGAAAUAUCACUGAAAGAACUUUCGCUUCUUGCAGAUCUUCAUCUUCAUCAUGCGUUCCUAGAGCCGUUGUGCUUACCACAUCAAUGUUGUGCUGUUCAUUGAUGUUGUGGAACAAGCGAGACUCUACAACUUUUCAUGAUUUGUCAGUGCUGCAUAAAAGAAGACCUAGAUUCCAGUCCACGGGAAGCCUAAAUACCGCAACAUUGCACAUGAAGCCUACCGUGCUUGUGUGGUAC